AUGACCACCGAUAACAUUAUUAUCGUGGAUAGUAAGACAUCCAUUCACGAUGUUGUUGAAGAGAUAAAUUGUUUGAUUGCAAAUGGAAGUGAAAAUUUAAUUGCAGAAAUACAUUCACCGCUAAAGUGUGUUGUUAAAGCAAUAUCUAUUGUUGAGAUUGUAAAGAGGGUUAAUACCGGUGUAAAUGUGGAGAUAAAAAAUUCGAAUUUUUUAAAUGGGGAGUGCAAUGGCUCCAAGAGGAGAGGAAUUGCUACCGUGAUCAUAAAAUUGGAGAGAUCUGGAAAUUGUGUACAUGUAACAAAAUAG